GCGCAGCCAGACAGACAUCUACACACAACGACCACGAUGCGCCUUUCCCAGGCCCAUGCCCUCGUCCUCGGCCAGCUCGUGCGGCUCGUUGCGCCUGCAGCCGCAGUGGGCGCGCUCCUCCUCACGCUGCGCCGCCUCGAGCUCGCGGCAGCCCCUGUGUGGGCCGGCGCGCUGAUCGCGGUCCCAGCUUUCCACGUCGGCCGCGCGUGGUGGCUGUACCGCCGGCACGCACGCACGGCGGCGCGCCUGGGCGCGACGCUGCCGCCGUGCUGGGAGGGGCGGCUACCUGGCGGUGUGGACAUCCUCCAGCUCAUGGACUAUGCGUAUCGCAAAGGGUUCCUCAGCGAUUAUUUCUACGAGAAGUUUGAAGAGCUGGGGGCAACGUACAACUUUUAUGUGCUCUGGACCUGGGACUACUGUACCCAGGAUGCAGCUAUCAUCAAGACUAUCCUUGCGACGGACUUCAACAACUGGGUGAAGGGUGAACAUUUUGACUCCUUUGUGCACUCGGUCCUCGGAACGGGAGUGUUCAAUGCAGAUGGUGAACUAUGGAAGUUUCACCGCUCGAUGACCCGCCCCUUCUUCGCCCGGGAGCGCAUCACCGAUUUCGAGACCUUCGACAGACACGCCGAGGAGGCGAUCCACAAGAUGAAAGACCGCCUCCGUGAGGGCUUCGCCGUGGACUUCGCCGACCUCAUCGGCCGUUUCACACUCGACUCCGCGACGGAGUUCCUCUUCGGCGCGUGCGUGCACAGCCUGCACGGCGGCGUCCUGCCGUACCCGCACGGCGCGCCGGCGCACCUGCGCGACGGCCGCCCGCGGUCGCCUGCAGACGCGUUCGCGGAGGCGUUCCGCGCGGCGCAGCACGUGAUCUCGCACCGCAUGCGCCUCGUGUGGCUCUGGCCGUGGAACGAGCUCUUCGGGAGCCGCACGGCGGACCCGAUGCGCACGGUGGACAGCUACCUGGAGCCGAUCAUCGAGAGGGCGCUCCAGGUGUCCGGGGAGGCGAAGGAGCGCGGCGUGGUGAGCGGCGGUGAGGAGGUCGGAGAGGGGGAGACGUUGCUGGACCAUCUGGCGAAGUUUACGUCAGACCCUACCAUCCUCCACGAUGAGAUCCUGAAUAUCAUGAUAGCAGGACGUGAUACGGCCGCAGGCACUCUCACCUUUGUAGUCUACUUCCUCAGCCAACAUCCAGAGAUGCUCCACCGCCUCCGGCAGGAGAUCCUUGACGUCGCCGGCCCAACUGGCCGCCCGACCUAUGACGACGUGAAGAAAAUGAAGUAUCUCCGGGCUGUUCUGAAUGAAACCUUACGGCUCUAUCCUGCCGUUCCGUGGAACAUGCGGUAUGCAGUUAAGGAUACUGUCCUACCCAACUCGGAUCCGAUGGGAAAAUCUUGGUUCGUUCCUGCCGGAGCAUCAGUCUCGUAUUCAGUACACUGUAUGCAUCGAAGGAAAGACUACUGGGGACCCGAUGCUGAAGAAUUCGACCCUGAUCGCUUCUUGGACGAAAGGCUGCACAAGUACCUGACACCGAACCCGUUCAUCUUUCUGCCCUUCAACGCCGGCCCUCGGAUCUGUUUGGGCCAGCAGUUCGCGUACAACGAGAUGUCGUUUUUCCUCAUCAAGCUGCUCCAGACGUUUGAAAGCAUUUCGUUUGACCGCGAGUCGUUCGAACCUGAGGCACUGCCUCCGGCCGAAUGGGCCAAGUUCCCUGGACGCAAGGGCAAAGAAAAGUUUUGGCCGAGGGCCCAUUUGACUUUGUAUUCCGAGGGCGGCAUGUGGGUAAAGAUGCGCGAAGCUCCAGUUGUUGGCCAGGCAUAACUUGCAGAAUGUACAAAGAAAACGGUGCGACGUCGAUCUCGUGUACUUCUAGUUGUAUUCGCCACUCUAGUGGCAUUUUUUUUUUGUCUGUACAGUAUGACGCUUGCUCGAGAAUCUUAGCUGCUGGCGACGUGGCUCUUCGGAUUGUGAUGGUUCUCGGUCUGUAGAUAUAUCACUCGUGUAGCCCCAAUCGGACAAGACAUUGUCC